AGUGACUGCCGCGCGGCAGAGUUCUCCGCCAAGUAGGGCCCCGAUUUUGACUGGGACGAUGUACCGCCUUCGCACCCCACGCUGCGCGGCCGCGCUCCGCCGCAAAGCCACCGUCUCGGGCACGUGGCUGGAGGGAGAGAUGAAGCUGGAUACCAACUUUGUUCAUGGCGCGGUGACCCCGGAGCCCAAGAGCGGCGCCAUCCUGACCCCGCUCUUCUUGUCCACCACCUUCAUUCAGGAGUCAGUGGAGAAGUACUUGGAGAAGGGCUACAGCUAUUCCCGGACCAACAACCCCACGGUCACCGUGCUGGAAGAGAAGCUGGCGAAGCUGGAGAAUGGCUUCGGCGCCUCGGCCUUCGGCACGGGCAUGGCCGCCACGACCAGCGCCAUCUCUGCCACCAUGCAGGCGGGUGACCAUUGCGUGAUUUCGGAUUGCUCCUAUGGUGGCACCAACAGGUCCUGCCGGGAGUUCUUUACGCCGCUGAACAUGGAGUUCACCUUCGUGGACUUUCGAGAUCCGGAGAAUGUCAAGAAGGCCAUGAAGCCCAACACCAAGCUGGUCUUCAGCGAGACCCCGGCGAACCCAGUCUUGUCAUUGACCGACAUCGAGGCUGUGUCGAAGAUCGCCAAGGACGCUGGAGCAAAGCACGUGGUGGAUGCGACCUUUGCUACACCUGUGAUCUGUCGUCCCCUGGACUGGGGUGCAGACAUGGUGAUUCAGAGUCUCACCAAGUACUACGAAGGUCACAACAUCAUGACUGGAGGUGCGGUGAUCAGCAAAGAUCAAGAGCUGCACGAGAAGGUGAAGUGGGUUCAGAACGUCCAUGGCAACAUCAUCAAUCCUUUUGCUGCCUACAUCAUUUUGCAAACCAGCAAGACCAUGCACCUGCGGAUGAGGAAACAGAGCGAGAAUGCCAUGGCCAUCGCCACCUUCCUGGAGAAGCAUCCCAAGGUGACCAAGGUGGUGUAUCCCGGCUUGGCCUCUCAUCCUCAGAAAGCCUUGGCCGACAAGUACCACCGUGACGGCCUCCACGGUGGCAUGCUGUGGUUCGACAUCGUGGGCGGCUCCGCGGCCGGAACCAAGCUGAUGAACGUGUGCCAGCGGCCCUGGAGCCUUUGCGAGAACUUGGGUGCCACCGAGAGUAUCAUCACUGCCUGCGCUGUGAUGACUCAUGCGAACAUGCUCAAGGAGGAUCGCUUGAAGGUGGGCAUCACUGACGGCUUCAUCCGCGUCAGCUGCGGCAUCGAGGACACCGCGGAUCUCAUUCGAGCGCUCGAGGUGGCCUUGGAGCAGGUCUAAGGUGAGGGCAUCUUCAAUUUUACUCUAUGGCAUGGAGAGAUACUUGGGGAGGAACAAGGGCACAGUGUCUUCACGGCUGCACGGUGACUCAUCCAAGAGGAACAGCUCAGGGAAUCCGCUCGAACCCCUCACAUGGACCGGUCUUCGCCAGGUGGAACAUUUUCAACCACCUCUGUGAGGCGCAAUAACGUGAGCCCGUCCCACUUUGCGUGCUGGCAUCCUUGGCUUCUGUCAAUUGCUGGAG